ACGGGCCAGGCCAGUGUAAAGCAGCCUAUCUGGGGGAGUGAGCGGACGAGGUGCAGCAGCGGCGAUGUUUCGAAAUCACAUUUGGAACUUGUGAGAUUCGGAAAAAGUUCGACGCGCGAAGUGGCCGCGGAUGACGUCAUCCUUCCGGACAACAAGGAUAGGCGACAGCAGGCAGCGCUGCGGUCGAGAUACUUGCAGAGAACGUUGAACGUUCCGCGUCGACGUCUAUAUCAAGUUGUGAAAACUUGGAGAAACCCCGAAGAAAGCGUGAUCGGUCGCUGGCGAGGCUAAAAACUCCACCAACGCGACUUCUUUCGGCAGGAUAUAUUAUUUGGGGGUGAAAAAAAACAACAACGAUAAGUGGUCUGGUAUGCUAAUUGUUUGCCAUUUGUCCACUGACUGAUGCUGACAGCGGUUGGCGAAGUCCCGAUUUUGGGAUGUGAUGUUUGCCCUUGAAACAUUCGGAUUACCUCGUUUUAUUAUCUGUUUACGUGAUAUACCGUGUUUUUAUCCUACCACAGUGGUCUGUGGAGUGUUUACGUUCACAGCUGGCCCCUCUCACAAGGCAUUUCCCUCACCCAACUGCAUUAAGGUUCUUUAACUGAAUUCUGAACCGUGUUGUCUCGGAUAUACAUCGCAGUUUGGUAGUUGCGGGUCGUCUUUGAUGGACUUGACUCUGGGCCGAGUCAUUUUAAACGGGAGAACUGUUGCGUGGUGUUAAGAUGUUAUUCGGAUAAAGUCCGUGGAAACAUAUGAGAAGCCCAAUGAGUGGCACGCAGUCAACACUCGCUGACAGGACCCCAAACAUUCUCAACAAGGACCACCCGCUAGACAAGAAACAUAAGAAUGACAAGUCCCACGUUUCCCUCAAACAUGAGUUUGACCCAACAGGUCUUGUUCAGCGUUGUGUGAUUAUCCAGAGAGAUGAGAAUGGCUUUGGGCUGACAGUAAGUGGAGACAAUCCUGUAUUUGUGCAGCUGGUCAAAGAAGAUGGAGCUGCAAUGCGAGCUGGUGUACAGACGGGUGAUAGGAUCAUUAAAGUUAAUGGGACCUUAGUUACACAUUCAAACCACAUAGAAGUUGUCAAGCUGAUAAAAUCGGGUUCCUAUGUUGCCCUGACAGUACUAGGGAGGCCACCAGGGCUUCCCCAAAUACCCCUGGAAGUUGAGGAAGCGGAGGUGGAAGGGGGAGAGGUUGGCUUGUCAUCCUCUCUCUCUGCUCCCCAAUCCCCUGCACUUCUAAGCAGGGAGCAGUGCAGCCCCUUCAGCGCCAGCACCUCAAGUCCCCAAGACCACAUGACCUACCCUCUGCCUCCUGGGGAUGGUGCAUCAUGGCCCAGGGACGGCAAAAUGGAUGAGCGGGAAGGCGAACUGUCUCAAAGCGAACAACCUCGCUCCUCACAGUCCGAUGGGCCGUGUGCCAACAACAACUCUGUGCCUGGUUGCCCUGUUCCAGAGAGUCCAAGCCAGAGAGAGACUCCGUGCCAUAGCACAAAUAUCAACCCCCAAGACGCCGUCAAGUUUUGCCCCUCGACAGACACAGAGGACACGCCCGACAUGGACUCCAUCACUCAGAGUGGGAUUGGUAAUUCGCCCGCCUACCUUAAACCUCAGAUUAUUGGAGCAGAGGAUGACUACUUUGACACUCAACAAGUGCAGCUCAAUGGUCAGUGUAGUUCUUUCCAGAAUAUAGAGUUGAUGAAAACUCGACCGGCGCACCUGGCUGCCUUCCUCCAUCAUGUAGUGUCACAGUUUGACCCUUCACCUCUGCUUUGCUACCUCUAUGCUGACCUGCACAAGCAGGCCAACUCCAAAGAGAGCCGACGCCUGUUCAUGGACUUCUACUCACUCUUCAUUGAUCGAGGAGCAAAUCUUAAAGUGCCUGUGCCAGAACUCAUUUCCACUGAAUUGGAGCGGCGGAGGCUGGAAUUAAUCCCAGAGGAACUCUGUAAACAGUAUACACAACUGUUACAGGAUACACUCCUACCAGAGCUCAACAAAAACCUGGAGGACUUCAGACAGAAGCGCAGCAUGGGUCUGACUCUAGCAGAUGAUGAGCUGUCCAAGCUUGACUCAGAGAGGGGAAAUGACCACCUGGCACUUGAGAAGGAAUGCUCCUGUGCUGAACACAUUGUUUCUAAGAUCGAGGAUAUUCUGUUAACAUCACAGCCUACAGAAGAGGAAAAAAGCUCAACGAUACAGUAUGUGAUCCUUACCUAUAUGAAGCACCUCGGAGUAAAAGUGAAGGAGCCACGCAGCCUUGAACCGAAACGACUGCGAAUCAACUUUCUGCCAAAAAUCAAGGUGAAGAGCAUCAAGCCUGAGAAGGAGGGAGAAGAAAAGGUGAGGAAGCCUCGCUUUCCCAACAUCCUUGGGCAGCCGAGGCGACCUAGUAGAGUGGAUUCAACUUCAGUUGGCAGGGCCAUAGAGCUGAACAAGCAGCGCUCCCCAAAGCAACUCUCCCAGCCGGCCAACAGCAUCCCUGAACACCCAGACUCUUUAUCUGGCGGCGUCCGAGGAAGCCAGUCAAGUGAUUGUUCAGAUGCAAGCACCCACACCUUACCCUACGCCACCUCAACUCCACACAGCUCCCCGACCAGCCAGGCUACAGAUAACAGUGGUCAAGAGUCAGACUCCGGUUUCACUCCAACUUCCUUUCCACCCAGACAGAGUGACAGUCUGCACUCUGGAGACAGCCAGGAUGCUGAUGCCAACUCACCAAGCACCCACUUUGACUUCAGUCCCUGCACCUUGGACCAAUUGCAAGAGGAGGAACAGGACACUUGCAGGGUGGAGGGGUUGAGUGUGGUGGGCUCACCAGAGGUCCAGAGUGAGGAUGACCAGGGAACAGAGGUUGAGAGCAAAGAGGACCCACUGAACUGGCAGCGGCUGGUUAGUCGAGAGGUCCUGGCAAAUCUAACGCCACAAGAAAUCAAGAGGCAGGAAGUCAUCAAUGAGCUGCUCUACACUGAGCGAGCCCACCUAAGGAUGCUGAAGGUGCUAGACUCUGUGUUUUAUCAGAGGCUAAACAGAGACAGCAUCCUGCCCCCAGAAGAUAUCAAACACAUCUUCACCAACCUAGACGAGAUCAUUCAGCUCCAUGUCUCAGUAACAGAGCACAUGACAGCCAUCAGGAAGAGAACAGAGACGUCCGUGAUCGGCCAUAUUGGAGAUGAUCUCCUGGCAUGGUUCAGUGGUGAGGAAGAGGGGAAAAUCAAGAAGGCAGUAGGAACCUUUUGUAGUAACCAACCCUCUGCUCUGGAACUUAUCAAGUCCAAGCAGAAGAAAGACCAGCGGUUUACCUCCUUUAUGCAGGAAGCUGAGAGUAACCGUCUGUGUCGCCGGCUGCAGCUUAAAGACAUCAUUCCCAUAGAAAUGCAGAGACUGACUAAAUAUCCACUUCUGCUGGGAAGUAUAGCCAAGUACACAGAGGACCCUGAAGAGACGGACAAGGUGAAAAGGGCAGGAGAAUGUUGUAGGAAGAUCCUUAACCAUGUCAAUCAGGCUGUCAAGGAGGCUGAGAAUAAACAGAGGCUGGAGGAAUAUCAGAGAAGGUUGGACCUUUCUUCUCUAAAGCAGAGUGAGAACCCCAUGAUCUUAGAGUUCAAGAAUCUGGAUCUGACCAAGAGGAAGAUGGUACAUGAAGGACCUCUCUCCUGGAAGGUCAAUAAAGACAAAACCAUUGAGCUAUACACAAUCCUAUUGGAGGAUAUUCUAGUUCUCCUUCAGAAACAAGAUGAGCGUCUAGUGCUUAAGUGCCACAGCAAGAAUCUGGCAGGCACCGCUGACACCAAGCACAUCUUCAGUCCCAUCAUCAAACUCAAUACUGUCAUGGUGCGCCCUGUGGCCACUGACAACAAGUCCUUCUUCGUGCUGUCUAUGUCUGACAACGGGGCUCAGAUCUAUGAGCUGAUGGCACAGAGUGUUUCAGAGCAGAGGACGUGGCAGUGUCUGAUCACGCAGUGUGCCGAUGCCAUGAAGUCCAAACACAACAGGAUACCUCUAGAUCAGUCUGAUGCUGAACGGGAUACCAUUGAGAUCAUCAAUGCUGACAUGCCGAAACCUAGCAAAGAUUAUAGCAGCACAGAGUCCACAAUUAUCCAUUCUCCAGAUAAGGACACCAGUUCCUCUCCCGGUCUUCAAGCUCAGCCAUCAGACAUCAAUCCUUUCGAGGACAUAAAAUCAGAAGACGAGCAAGAGGGGUCAGCCAUGGCAGACAGAGAGGAUGAAGAGGUUUACGGGGAGGAAUUUGCGGCCUUCCUAGAAGACGAGCUGGCAGACAAACUACCCUUUCUCCAGGAGAGGUCACGCCAAGGCAUUGCCAUUGAAAACCAUGAGCAAAACCUCUUUGGCAUACCAUCCUCCGUAGCCGAAGAAGCUCUAAAUACAUUGGCAGUGCUGAAGCAGGUCCUUCUCAACCACAUUGCAAGCAAGGGGGAGGAAGAAGAAGAGAGAGAGGAAACAGAGGAUAGUAAGGAAAGAAGGGUGAGGACCCCUGGAUGUCUACAGAGGACCGUGUCGCUUGGGAGCCCUGAGAAUAGCAGCAGAUCAGUAGGGCCAUCUACUGUAGUUGGUGAGAGUGCUGAGAAGAAUCCAGAGAAAGAGGACUCAGAGCUCCCAGCUGGACAUAAAGGGCUGUAUGAUACAGCUGAAAGCAAUGGUAGCUACAUUGUGUUUGAAUGGUGUGGGGGGUCCGAGGAGAGCAACACUGAUAACGGCAGAAUGGCAGGAGAUGUGGCGAUUGACCUGAAGAAGCUACUGUCCUCCUCACAAACAGGGGGCAGCGGUCCUAACCUCAACCGGCAGCUUAUGACUCACCUGCGCCUCCUACAGGCCAACUUGCAGCAUCUAAAGGAAGUAGAGGUUAAGUAUAACCAAUUGUGCCAAAUACCAGGUGAAAUGGCUGUUGAUUCAGAAGAGACCAAUGAUAGGACUCAGUAAUGACAAGGGGUACCUUCUCUCUAGGACCUAGCCCAUGCAAGCCAAGUGUCGGGGGAAUGGGAAUACAUAGUUGCUCCUUGCUAACCUUUUCCCAGAGGCCUUCUUGUAUUGCUGUAGCCCAUCCACUUGUAUUGCUGUAGCCCAACAAUGGAGGCUCAAAGUGGCAGAAAGAAGUGCAGUGCCACCCCUGGCAUGCUUCGCCAUCAGUGGAAUACCUUAUCAACUUUAUCAGGACCAUGCCACUGUAACACAUAACUACUCCAAUCAACAAAUGGGACAAAAAGCAAACAAAUUAUGUUGUUUUCUUGAAAGGAGAACCCUACAAAGUUUCAUCUUUUGUAUACUUGUACAUACUGUGGCUCAUACUUGUCCAAGGAUGGAUCAGCUAAUAUUAGUGACAUGUCAACAUUGAUAACAAUGGAAAUAACAUCAUAAACUUGGAUCAACUGUAUAAAAAACUAAAACAAAACGUAAUGAAACAGAAAAUGGAUAGACAAGUAAAUCAAGUCAUCUAGAGCCAGGAAAAAGAGAGGUAUCCCUUCUCCCUCAUAGUUUGUCAUACACAAGAGAAUGAAUCCAAUAUGAGAAAGAAAAGGGAGCAACUAUUGCAGUACCCAGAAUGACUAGGGAUCAGGGUACAGCUUCCCUUUUAGGACUCAGAGUACUGGUGUAUUAUAGGCUCAUGUGCAAGUAAAAGUUUCUAAUAAGAAAUCUUUAGCAAUUGAAUAUUCAGCCCAAAAUAUUAUACUCAACAAAGACUGCACGAGCUCAAAUAGUGAGUGUAUAGCAGGAUGGAAGUAAAACAUUUUCUGCCCUUAAGGGUCAGCGCAUACAAGAUGAUGAAGGAAACUCCUCACAAUCUUACCAUCCUCAAAGCUUCAUAAGGCCGAGUCUACACAGCACAUGGAAUGGCUGUUAAACAGCCACAAUUCCAUGCAGAGUAAAGUACAGUUUUGGUGUCUAGUCUAUUUUCUCUGUGCACCACAUGCAGCAUUCACAAAAAUAUAUUGGGGAAAUACACUUUAUAAGCAUACAUGAAUCAUAUCUUACAACCAUGUAUACCAGGCUUCAUACUCUAACAUCUAGCAGCCUGUACUUGUGUCUUUGUAUGGUUAUUGUCUGUUUACCUAUAUGAACAUCACUGUAUAUCAGUACUUACCAUAGAGAUGAUAAAUGUCCAAUCUCCUAUAAAAUAACCCUUUUCAAAUAAAAAUAGCUUUAUCACUGAAUUAUCUAAAUGAAAAUAGAUGUUAAAUCACUUCAAGUUGUUACACUUAGAGGGCCAUGCCUAGAUCCCUGCGCCUGCUCAGCAUGUGGUAUAAACAAUAAGCUGCAAGUCUCCACGUAAAAUCUGUUCCACGGCUGUUCUGUGUGCUGUGUAAACCCGGUGUAGCCCUCAAAGGUCAUCUCACGGUUGUCUUAAUCUUCUUUAAAUGAACUAGAUCUAUAGUACAGGCUCUCCAUUUAGUCGGGAAAAAAAGCUCAACCUUUAAUUUUAUUGAACACUUUUAAAUGAAAAAUAAUUUCAAAAGGGAAACAUUGGACGUCAUCUAACCAAAAAAGCUAAAUAUGUUGAGGAAGCUGUUACUGUCGUAAUCACUGAAGAAGUGAGGGUGCUAUUUUUAGGACCCAUCUACCCCAGCAUCUUCACUGAUUAAAUGGUUGAGAUGAUAAAGAUAAUAACACAGGCACAGUACUGUAAAAUGAACAUUGCAGUGUGUUUUUCCAGUUCUGAGAAAAUAGCCCUUUAAGGUAAUUUCCCCUCACACACGAUAUCAGACAGAUUCUAAACAUACUAUAUGCUUGCACUUAUUAAAAAUCUAAAAUUUAAGCAGUUUUUUCAACCAGUGAAAUAUUUUAUUACCUUCUGCCUUAAUUUGCUACUCAUAUUAAACUUAGAUUUAAGACUUAAGCACUUAUGUAAACAAUUUUGCCACUUGGCAUAAUGGACUGAUGUCUAGACACUGCAAAAUGAAAGACUACUUGCAGCAAAACACACAGAAACAUUCCACUUCAGUAAAUUUAUACAAUGCCUUAAGCACCCAGCUUUAGGGAAAGCCCUCAUAAGCACCAAAACUCACAUCAUAUGCAAUGUGCUCUACAAUAAAUGACAGUUAGUGGGAUCUAGCACACCAUCUUCUAUAUAAAUGGUUGGAGCUGUAUGCUAAAACUGCUGGGCACACAAUGUAAUACAAUGGAGGACUGAUUUUUGAGUGAUUGUAAGAUUCUCCAAUUACUUACUUCUCUAGCAUAUCAAGCGAAGCCUGGCUUCCCUUAUUUUUCUAAUAAAUAAUUAUUGG